AUGAAGAUUAUUGUAGCCACAGAUUAUUAUGAAAUCUUAGGUGUUAAACGUGAUGCAAGUGAAAAAGAAAUAAAACGACAAUUUCGUCAAUUAGCUUUAAAAUAUCAUCCAGAUAAAAAUAAAGAUCCAAAAGCUGAGGAAACAUUUCGUAAUAUAGCUGAAGCAUAUGAUGUACUAGGUACUCCAGAAAAACGUCGUCAAUAUGAUUCCCAAGGACAUCAAUCAUUUAAAUCAAAUCCAAAUGGUUUUUCUGGUUUCGAUUUUAAUAUGAACGAUUUCUAUAAAGAAUUUGAUGCAUUUCAUAAAGCUCAUCAUGAUGCUCAUCAUAGAGCACAUCAACGAGCUCAUCAACGUGCUCAUCAAAACGCACAACAAGGAAUUUUUGAUUUUGAUGCAUUAUUCGAUGAUGAUGAUGCAUUUGGAAGUGAUAUAUUUAGUGCUGGUGGACAUAAUUUCGAUCUGCAUAAUGCAUUUGGUGAUAAAAACGUGCAUGUACAUACACAUACAGUUUCUGAACAUAGUCAUCAAAGUUGUCGAACUGUAACAAAACGAGAAGGAAAUACUGUAUCAACAAUUACAGAAUGCCAUUAA